CAGAGGGGAAGCGCGUCCCUCCCGUUCCGCCGGCUGCUGCUUUUGCCUGGGUAGAGAGAGAGCGAGAGCGAGAGCGUGGCCGCGCGGGAGGCGUUCCGCUUCUCUCCUGCCGCUUCUCGAGCCUUGUGGGGCGCCCCUGCUUUGCCCGGCAGCAAGAUGCCCCCCAAAAAGGGAGGUGAUGGAAUUAAACCACAUCCAAUCAUUGGAAGAUUUGGGACAUCCUUGAAAAUUGGCAUUGUUGGUUUGCCAAAUGUUGGGAAAUCUACAUUUUUCAAUGUAUUAACCAAGAGCCAAGCUUCAGCAGAAAACUUUCCCUUCUGCACUAUUGAUCCAAAUGAGAGCCGAGUGCCUGUGCCAGAUGAUCGAUAUGAAUUUCUUUGCCAGUACCAUAAGCCUCCAAGCAAAAUUCCAGCCUUUCUGAAUGUGGUGGAUAUUGCCGGACUUGUGAAAGGAGCCCAUGCUGGACAGGGACUAGGAAAUGCCUUUUUGUCGCAUAUUAGUGCCUGUGAUGGAAUAUUUCAUCUACUUCGAUCGUUCGAUGAUGAUGAUAUCACGCAUGUUGAAGGAAGCGUGGAGCCAGUUCGUGACAUUGAAAUAAUACAUGAAGAACUUAGACUAAAAGAUGAGGAAAUGAUCAUGCCCAUUAUAGACAAAUUAGAAAAAGUGGCUGUACGAGGAGGUGACAAGAAAUUAAAACCUGAAUAUGACAUAAUGUGCAAAAUCAAAAGCUGGGUAAUAGAUGAAAAAAAGCCAGUCCGUUUCUAUCAUGAUUGGAAUGAUAAAGAGAUUGAUGUGCUCAACAAAUAUUUGUUUUUAACUUCUAAACCAAUGAUCUAUUUGAUUAACCUCUCCGAAAAAGAUUACAUUAGAAAGAAAAACAAAUGGUUGAUAAAAAUUAAAGAGUGGGUGGACAAGCAAGACCCAGGUGCCUUGGUCAUUCCUUUUAGUGGGGCCUUGGAACUCAAGUUGCAAGAAAUGAGUGCUGAAGAGAAGCAGAAGUAUCUGGAAGAGAACAUGACACAAAGUGCUUUACCAAAGAUCAUUAAGGCUGGCUAUGCAGCACUCCAGCUAGAAUACUUUUUCACUGCAGGCCCCGACGAAGUGCGUGCAUGGACCAUCAGGAAAGGGACCAAGUCUCCUCAGGCAGCUGGAAAGAUUCACACUGAUUUUGAAAAGGGAUUCAUUAUGGCUGAAGUAAUGAAAUUUGAAGAUUUUAAAGAAGGAGGCUCAGAAGUGGCUGUCAAGGCUGCUGGAAAAUACAGACAACAAGGCCGAAAUUAUGUCGUUGAAGAUGGAGAUAUUAUCUUCUUUAAGUUUAACACACCUCAGCAGCCGAAGAAAAAAUAACUAUUCAAUCUGUUCAUUAUUCAGAAUUAAAUUCUAUUACUUAAAAAAGCAUAUGAGUUUUUAUUUAGAUAAGGAUAUUGUGUGGGGGUGGGAAAGAUGCGAAGUGUAUUUCUAACAAUAAAAAAUCCCCCCAUAUCAAA